AGAAACGUUCUAGCCCAGAGUUAUAUAUUUUUACUGAACACAGUAACUUCACACACUUUACCUUAUUUUCAAUUCUUGUUUUGCUUUUGCUUACGAUGAUUUACAAUUUACACCAAUCUAAAAGUAGUUACACUUGCAAAUACAAUUUACCUUAUAAAUAUUUUAUCCUAUUGUGGAAACACCAUUUAAAUUAAUUUUCAAUAAUUGAUUAACCAUCAAAAAUCAUUAAAAAAAGCCAUUUGUUUACACCACUAUUGCCAGUCUCAUUCACUUGUUACUAUAGAGUUAAACUGGUUGAGUUUUGCUGCGUAAAAACCAGAAAUUUCGAGUUCUUCGUUUUGGGUUUCAACCAUUUUCUCCCUGGUUUUCAACAAUAUUAACCAGAAUACGAACCAAAUAAACAUUCCAAUCUUAAGAUCUCCAUAUAUUGUAAAACCAACGAACAAUGAUAGCAACCGAUUAUCCCAGGCAAGUCAAUCGCACUUCUAAAGGUAACACAGAGGACAAAGAGGAUAACAACAUGUUGAAAAUUUCUCAAUUAACCAAUUUAAUCAGACCUAUCCAUGGAGCUAUUCCUAGGAUUAACCCUUCUUCCAUUGCAAUUCAGCAGAGAAAAUUGAAUUGCAUCUCCAGUAUUGGUCUCGAUAAAUUGUCUUCAAAGGCAAGAAACUUUGUUGAGGAAAAGGCCAGAAUAUGUGAACCAGAUAGCAUUCACAUAUGCGAUGGCACUGAAGAAGAAAACAAUCAGCUUAUCAAUUUGAUGGUCCAACAAGGAAUGAUCAAAAAGUUGCCAAAAUAUGAAAAUUGUUGGCUGUCUAGAACUGAUCCAGCUGAUGUUGCUCGUGUAGAGUCUCUGACAUUUAUUUCAACCAGAAAUAAACGUGAUACUGUUCCAGAACCCAAACCUGGAGUAAAAGGAACUCUUGGAAAUUGGAUGUCACCGGAUGAUUUAGACAAAGCUCUAAAUUCACGGUUCCCUAAAUGCAUGAAGGGAAGAACAAUGUAUGUUAUUCCCUUCAGCAUGGGUCCGGUUGGCAGUCCACUUUCCAAGAUUGGUAUCGAAUUAACUGAUUCCCCAUAUGUCGCUGCUUCUAUGAGGAUUAUGACGAGGAUGGGAAAGCAGGUUCUUGAUACUCUUGGAAAUGAAGAUUUCAUUAAAUGCUUACAUUCCGUUGGCUGCCCAUUACCUGCUUCCAGGACGUUGGUUAACAAUUGGCCAUGCAAUCCGGAGAGGACGAUCAUUGCCCACAAGCCGGACUCCAAUGAGAUUGCCUCAUUUGGUUCAGGUUACGGAGGAAACUCGCUACUUGGAAAGAAGUGCUUUGCACUUCGUCUUGGAUCUAUUUUGGCGCAACGGGAAGGAUGGUUGGCCGAGCACAUGCUUAUUCUUGGAAUAACUUCUCCUUCUGGCGCUAAAAAAUACAUUGCAGCCGCUUUCCCGAGUGCAUGUGGCAAAACGAAUCUGGCCAUGAUGGAACCAACCCUUCCUGGAUGGAAAGUUGAAUGCGUUGGAGACGAUAUUGCAUGGAUGCGUUUCGAUUCCAAUGGGACUCUUAGAGCUAUUAACCCAGAGUACGGCUUUUUUGGCGUUGCUCCUGGAACUAGCUCUAAGACCAAUCCCAAUGCGAUGAAAACCAUCCUAUCCAAUACAAUUUUCACCAAUGUCGGUGAAACGUCCGACGGAGGCGUCUAUUGGGAAGGCCUAGAUGAUGUUGAUGUAAGUAAUUUAGGAGUAAAAUCUUGGAUGAAUGAAGAUUGGACUCCUGGGUGCGGAAAAAAUGCCGCUCAUCCCAAUUCUCGUUUCUGUUCCCCUGCCUCUCAAUGUCCUAUCAUGGAUCCUAAUUGGGAGAGUCCUGAGGGUGUGCCAAUAUCUGCAAUUAUUUUCGGAGGCCGAAGACCAGCUGGUGUACCAUUGGUGUAUGAAGCAUUCAAUGGGAGUCACGGGGUCUACAUCGGAGCCUCAAUGAGAUCUGAAGCAACUGCUGCUGCUGAACACAAGAGCAAAGUGGUUAUGUUUGAUCCAUUUGCCAUGAGACCAUUCUUUGGUUACAAUUUCGGUCACUAUUUGGAUCAUUGGUUAAGUUUUGGUGACAAAACUGGCCUAAACUUGCCAAAAAUAUUCCAUGUUAAUUGGUUCCGUAAAGGUAGUGAUGGAAAAUUCUUGUGGCCAGGUUUUGGAGAAAACUCAAGAGUUUUAGAUUGGAUCUGUCGUCGAGUUAAUCAAGAAGAUGUUGCUCAGAAAACACCAAUCGGAUUCAUUCCAAAGCCAGGAACACUCAAUUUAGAUGGACUUACGGAAAAAAUCAACAUGGACGAAUUAUUUAGUCUUCCAAAAGACUUUUGGUUAAAUGAAUGUGAUGAAGUUCAAAAUUAUUUUGAACAACAAGUAGGCUCUGAUUUACCUAAGAAAGUCAUGAAAGAAUUAGACUCUCUUAGAUCACGAUUGCAAUCAAAUUAACUUAAUCUCACUUUGUUAGCAAAUUCAACUGAUCACGUAAAUGAAUUUGCUACCCUCAAGACUGUGAUCUAGCGAAAGGGACAUUUAUCAAUAUAUUUUAAGAAAACACUUGCAAUUAGUUUUAUGACACAUUUUCGUGGUUAAAAUUUCAUCUCAACAAAAAAUUAUCGAUAACUAUCAAAGAUCAGUUAUUGAACCAAAACAAUUUUAAAUAGUUUAUUUUUAAUGUGCUUGUUCGAUUCUAAAUUAUUUAGACAAAAAUUAAUUCUUUCACGUAUCCUUAAAUUUAUUUGUUCAUCGUCUUGAAACUCAACGCUAACCCAAUAACAACAAUCACAACCUUCUCCUACAAAUUAAUUGAUGUUAUUAAAAAAGGUUGAAAAAUAUAGACUUUCCAUAUUCAAUGGAAUGGAAUUCAUUUGUGAAAGAUUUGUCUUUUCAUUUCCUAAUAAAACGAAAUGUCAAUUCAUUAUCCCCUUAAA